GUAGAGGGCCAUCCUAAUCAUGGGAUCCAUCCGAACCACAGUUGCCAUUCUUGGCCUGUGCCUAUUCUUGUUCUUCACCAAUGUCGCCUCUGCCGAACAAGUCAUCGAGGCGCCACCAGUCAAUCUCACGGAGGCCUUGGGGAGCUUGCCACAUUGCGCUCUCAAUUGCCUCGUCAACACCGUCACCACCGUAGGGACAUGCGGCACUCUGUUAAACCCCAACCUGGCCGACUGUGUGUGUCACAGUCAGGAAAUCAACGACCUUUCGGCCGCGUGUAUCCAUGGGGCUUGCACUAUCAAGGAAUCUCUUACCGCCAAGAACAUCACCUCCCACCUCUGCCACGAGCCCAUCAGGAAGAACACCACCAUCGUUCCCGUCCUUGCCGUGUUCCUCGGCCUUGCCCUAUUCGCGGUCGUUCUGCGGGUGCUUGCCCGUGUGUUGACCAGGGCUUAUUUCUGGUGGGAUGAUUUGUGCAACCUUUUCGCCUUUUGCGGUUGCAUUGGUUUCAGCUCUCUCAACUUCAGAUCGAUCGACCAUGGCUACGGACUUGAUAUUUGGUAUGUCAAGUUUGACGACGUCACUACAAUCUUGAGGUUAUUCUACGCCAACAUGUUGCUGUACACGGUCUCCCGCUUUUUUGUCCGGGCCUCCAUCAUUCUCUUCUACCUCCGCGUAUUUCCCAAGGACAACAAGGUCAGCCGCAUUCUUACCUACACCAUGGCCUUCAACGUCGUCUACAACUUCAGCUUCUUGUGCGCCGUCAUUUUUCAAUGCACCCCCAUCAAUAAUUUUUGGUUGUCUUGGUCGGGAGAGAGCCAAGGUCACUGUGGAAACGUGCAGGCACUUGUCUGGUCCGCUGCGGGUACGGGUAUCGCCUUUGAUAUUUGGUUGCUUGUCUUGCCGUUCCCUCAGUUGUUUGCUCUCAAUCUCCACUGGAAGAAGAAGGUUAUGGGCUGUGUGAUGUUCAGCGUUGGUGCUUCUGUCAUGAUCAUCAGUUUGAUCCGACUCAAGACCAUUCCCCAUUUCGCAAAGGCCGAGAACCCAACCAGGGACAUUGCCGAUCUUUGCAUUUGGUCUGGCGUCGAAAUCGAUGUCGGUGUCAUCACCCCCUGCCUUCCCAGCUUACGACUGCUGUUCCGCAAGCUGCUCCCCAGCAUCCUCGGGACAACCAACAAGUACGAGCUCGAGCCCGUGUCAGCCAGCGCCAGCACCGCCAUGAACAAGAGUCUUGCCAGCAAGAGCAAACCUACAUUCCACGAGUCUACCAAGACGACAAUGGACCACGGCCACGACGGGUCGUCGAUAGGGACCAAGUGUACGCAUGAUGAUGAUCACUCGCAGUUGCAUGGUGCAAGCUGUGAGAGCAUUACCGAGCUGGUUACCGACUCGGAUGGGGAUUUCAAGAAGAUGGGGUCCAAAGUAUGACACUUGUCUACACGAAAGAAGUGCUGUCAAAGCGGGAUUUGCUUGGGAUUUUUUUCUUGGUUUCUUUUGUUCUUUUUCUUUUCUCUUCGUUUCUUUGAGUUCUGGAUACAGUAAUACCCGAACUGGAACAGCAGACCUGGUUGCACACAACAGUCACACACACACACACACACACACACACACACAAAAGUUCUUU